ACCACAUCUCAGCACCUACCGUAGCUUCAGUAACAGCUUCCCAGCCUUCAACAUGAUGAAAGUCGUAAUCCUCGCUUUGGCUUGUCUUGCCUUGGCAACUGCCGUUCCCAUGAUGAAGUAUGGCAAAUAUGGCGGUCUCGGUAUGAGCUUCGGUGGAUAUAGCAUGGGCAUGGGAUACGGCGGAUUCGGAUAUGGCGGUCUUGGUGGAUAUGGCAGAUAUGGGAUGGAGAUGGGAUAUGGCGGACUCGGCGGAUUUGGCGGUUACGGCAUGGGCUAUGGUGGAUUGGAUAUGGGCUAUGGUGGAUACGGCAUGGGCUAUGGUGGAUACGGAAUGGGCUUCGGCAAAGGCGGAUUCGGCAAGGGCUACGGUUACGGCAAAUGAAAAGUGAUGAU